AUCAAAGCUCUGUCUACAAAAACUUAAAUACGUGUUUAGUUAAAUCUUCCUAGGGUUCCUGGUCUCGUUUUCUCUCUCACACUCUCUCUCUGGCAAGUUUCCGCCGCUGUUACAGCCAUGGCCGCAGUCACUUCUUCUGAUAGUAUCCUUUCUAGUUUCCCUCCUCUGGAAACUGAAGAUCUGCUGCACAACUUGUCGCUUGAUUCAGAAGCCAAGACUGAAGCCCCUGAUGCUGGCAAUAAGGGUCCUUAUGGUGGAAACAGUAAUGCGUUUUUGCUUCCCUCAGAACAAGUUUCUUUGUCAGCGGAAACCCCCGAAAGUGGCAAACCUAGUUUUCUGCCAAAUGGUGGAGGUAACCCUGCAAAUAAGGGAAGCCAGAAAAAACUCAGUUACCAGAAGAACCCAUCUUUUAACCCGAGGGGUUCAUAUGUGAAAGGCUCCUACCCGGCAGGUUUUUAUUCACCAGCAUAUCAUUACCCGAGAUAUAAUUAUGAUGGGAAUUUAUCUUCGGGAAAUACCAACAGUCUUCAUCAUUAUCCGAACCUGAACACACAUCAGGCAAGAUCGACGGGUACGUCCCAAUCGUUUGGAUACAUGGACAACAUGUACUUGAAUCAUGGGAUGUACGGACCUUACAUGAAUGGACUAGGGCCUGGCUAUGGUUAUGGCCCUUACAGCUAUGAUACCUGGAAGCAACCGAAUUGGUAUGCAUCUAACAAUGGCUACAGGACAAGACGUCAUGGAGACCAAGGGUAUGGCAAAGAGAACAUUGAUGGAUUAAAUGAGUUGAAUAGGGGGCCACGAGCCAAGGGUUUCAGAAACUCAGAAGAUUCUCAGUCGAAAACUCUUUCUUUGAAGGAGCAGAAUGUAUCUGGAACUGAGAAACCUGAAUAUGUGUCGGUACCUGAUACAAAGGACUACAACAAGGAAGAUUUUCCAGAAAUCUACUUGCAUGCAAAGUUUUACGUAAUUAAAUCUUACAGCGAAGAUGAUGUUCACAAAAGCAUCAAAUACAACGUAUGGUCCAGCACGCCUAACGGUAACAAGAAGCUGGACUCUGCAUAUAACGAGGCGAAAGAGAAGUCAGAUGGCUGUCCUGUAUUUCUACUUUUUUCUGUAAACACGAGCGGACAAUUCGUUGGCUUAGCCGAGAUGGUAGGCCCAGUCGAUUUUAACAAGACUGUGGAAUACUGGCAGCAGGACAAGUGGAUCGGCUGCUUCCCUGUUAAGUGGCAUAUCGUUAAAGAUAUACCAAACAGUUCUUUGAGGCAUAUAACUCUGGAGAACAAUGAGAACAAGCCGGUUACGAAUAGUCGGGACACUCAGGAGGUGAAUCUAGAGCAAGGUAUUAAAAUCAUCAAGAUUUUCAAGGAUCAUUCAAGCAAGACGUGCAUCCUCGACGAUUUUGCGUUCUACGAGUCUCGUCAAAAGGUUAUUCAAGAGAGAAAAGUCAAGCACCUGCAGUUCAAGAAACAGGCUUUGUCUACGAGUGACAACAAGGAAGGCAUCAACGGGACAUUGACAAAAGAAGAAAGACAGAAAACCAAGGACAUAACUGCUUCACAGAACGCAGAGGCAGAAGCCGAGCAAGCCAAAGAGAACGGAUCUGCUGUCCCUGAAAAUGUCGAUGUUGCUAGCGCUUGCUGAUUUGGUCCGGUGUGUUUUUUUUUUUUUUUUUUUUUUUGGGUGGAAAUUGCUGGUUGGGGGGCUUUAGGAAAUUAGAGCUUUUUUCUCUUGUUUGUGGCUUCUUCCCCCAAUUUCGCCCACUUUGUUUUUUUUUUGGAGUCAAGUUCUGAACUUGUGCCUUAGUAUAGGAUUUUGGCCUCUCUUUUUUUUGUGUUUUGGGUUUUUUUCUGGGGUUUAAGGCGUAGAAGGUAGCAAAAUGGUUGAAGGGCACACUUCGUCCUUGCGAAAGGGGGGAGAGAAGUGGAUAUGCCUUUGCUUUGCUUGCCUGUCCUUCCUUGAGAUAUUGCUUUUUUUUUGUGGUUUAAUGGAAAUCUCAUUUCUUCUA